CUCUGGUUAAACUUCUGGUACAGUUUGUGACUGAAAUGUUAAGUGAACAGGAGGAUCCUUUGGCUCUAGAUGAGCCGAUUAAAGAGGAGAAGAACAGAAAAGAAGUGUCUUCAUUGUGGGGACAUGAGCCUCAUGCACAGAUUGCCGUGAAGGUCUUAAGAGGACAUGCUGACUCUGUCUCCAGCUGUCACUUCUGCUUACACGACACUCGACUUCUCACUGGCUCUCAUGACAAAACGGCAAUGUUUUGGGAUGUGGAGACAGGAGCUCAGUUGAUGGUGUUUAAAGGACACUCGGAUGUCAUCACUAGGUGUUGUUUGGUCCCAGAGAGAAACAGAGUAAUUACAUCCUCCUGGGAUAUGAAUUUAAAUGCCUGGGACCUGGAAACUGGCAAAUUACUGUGGACAGUAUUGCAAGGUGGUCCGUUGAUGUCGUGCAGCAUUUCAGGGGAUGGAAAGUAUGUGGCAAGUGCUUCAGACAUGGAAAACGCUCUCUAUCUCAACUGUGCUGACACAGGACAAAGAUUGCAUUAUAUAAAAGACCAUCAUAGAUCCACAGUGAUGAGCUGCCGGUUCGAUCCUCAAACUCAGCACUUGGCCAGCGUAUCAGUGGACAGAUCCGUUCGCUUGUGGGACCUCUGUUCUCAGAAAACCACUCUGACUAUUAACAGUGCCCACACAAACGUCAUCUCCAACUGCUGCUUCAGCUGCGAUGGUCGAUACUUGUGCACGGCAUCAUGGGACCGCACUCUGAAGCUGUGGGACGUACAGACAGGUUCAUUCCGUUCCAGAGGAGGAGUGCCACUCAGCAAAGGCCACGCUGGAAGUGUCAGCUCUUGCACCUUCUCCAGUGAUACCUCGAUUCUUGUGUCCGGUGCAUACGACAGGAGUGUAGCACUGUGGGAUUUGAAAGGGCCGUUUAAAACCCUGAUGCUGAAGGGCCAUAAAGACUGGGUGACAGAUGUGGACAUUAGUGCUGAUAAGAACUGGGUGGUAUCUUCCUCAAAGGACUGUACAGUGCGGAUGUAUAACAUUGGUCAGUAUGAGCAGCUACCUGGAGUCAUAGAGAGCAGAACAGAUCAGCAAAAUGAAUGUCCGAUCCAUACGUGUGACGGAUGCGGAAGGUUAUUUUCAGUCUCUCUACUGGAGGAUACUGACCUAAUCACACAGUGUGUGUUCUGCCGCCCGACGAACGUGGACAGAAAUCUGCCGGCACCUCCUUCCAUAUAAGUGCAGCUAUAGAAGCUAUAAUGCAAAUUAAUGAUAAAUUAAUGAUAUAUAUGAUCAUUAUAAAUCAUAUAUAAAAUGUAGAAAGUAACUACAUAUAUAUAUACAUACAUGUGUUCUUAAUAAACACAAAUAUCACGAUGAAAA